CGCUGACUACUGAACUAGUAACUACUGAACUAGUGUGCUGACUACUGAACUAGUACUACUGGAACUGCGUUUCAAAUGAUUAUUAAACAGCAAGCAAACUAUGCUAAAGUCCUUCAGGUGCACUGAGUGUCCGAAUUCACUCACUCGUUUUCAUUCACUCCUUCAAGUGAAUGGUAUGAGUGGACUAAUGUAGGGAAUAGUGAAUGAGGGUAUAGGGGGCGAUUUCGGAUACAGGUCGAGAGCUGUAGUUCCAACCAUGUAAGUUUGUGACGCUGUUUGCAAAUGUUCAUUUGAACUAUGGUUUUGAGAAACACCGAAUCAUUGAACUAUGUUGGUAAGGACAGAACUUGAGACCAUAGUUGGCUUAAGAUGCUUUUGGGAAAUGCACCCAGAGCUAGCCGUGGUGUUUGACUACAGAAUGUUGUUCCUUGCGCCACUUGUGAAUACUGUGUGAAGCAAGUCUUCAGAGAUCGGCUCCUCCCACUCUUGAAUUCAUCAUCAGUGAAGCUCCUCCCACACUGGAACUCAUCAUCAGUGAAGCUCCUCCCACUGCAGUUCAGCAAUAAAUGCUGGAAGAUUCCCAUCAGUUCAGAAGUGAAGACGAGCGUCAGAGCAUCAGGAAGAGCUGAAAUCUGAUCAAAGACUGAGUUUAUUAAAGAGGACAGAGAGAAGAUGAGAGAUCCAGAGCCCUGCAGAAUCAAACACACUGAAGAGACUGAACAAACAGUGAUUUAAAAAAAAUAUAUAUAUUUCACACCUGAUGGAAGAGAGCGAGGAGAGUGAAGAACUGAGUGAAGUGGAGGAGGAGCAUCAUGACAAACCUGGAGAAAAACCUCUGAGUCGCUCAAAGACUAAAAAUAAAUUUUUAAAGAAAAGAAAAGCCAAUAAAUCUAUCACCUGCACUCAGUGUGGAAAGAGUUUCACAAACAAACAUAGUCUUGAGCGUCACAUAAGAGUUCACACCGGAGAAAAGCCAUUCAAGUGUGAUCAGUGCGGGAAGAGUUUCACGAACAAGCACAGUCUUACUGCUCACAUGAGGAUUCACACCGGAGAGAAGCCGUUCAAGUGUGAUCAGUGCAGCAAAACAUUUCAUUGGUCAUCAGACCUGAAGAAACACCUGGCAGUUCAUACGAAGGAGAAGCCACAUUCCUGUUCUGAAUGUGGGAAGAGUUUUUCACUGUUGCAGAGUUUACAUGUACAUCAGAAAACUCACACUGGUGUGAGAGAGCACUUGUGCUUUGAGUGUGAGAAGACUUUUACUACAGCGAGCUCUUUAGAACUACACCAGAGGAUCCACACUGGAGAGAAACCUUACAAGUGUUUACACUGUGACAAGACAUCCAGUCAGUUAGGAAAUCUGAAAGUACAUGAGAAGAUCCACAGCAGAGAGAAGCCACACACAUGUGAUCAGUGCGGAAAGAGUUUCACUGCUAAAAGUCAUCUGAAGAUACACAUGAAGAUCCAUACAGUGGAGUAACCGCAUCACUGCUAUCUAUUUGGGAAAGGUUUGUCCAUUUACCUUCUUCAUUCACACGUGGUCAGAAUUGUUGGUACCCUUGGUAAAUAUGAUCAAAAAAGGCUGUAAACAUUUUAAAAAAUCUGCAUUAAGAAAUUCACAAAAGUCUAACCUUUCAUUGAACUAAAACAACUUAACAUGGGGGAAAAUCUCAUUAUGAAAUAAAUGUUUUACUCAAAUACAUGUUGGACACAAUUAUUGGUACCCCAAGACAUUAUUAUGAGUAAAAUAUCUCUGAAGUAUAUUCCCAUUCAUAUUCACAAUUUUGAGCACACCAGGGUGAUUAUGAACAUGAAAUUAUCCAGCCAUGG